GAAUUUUCUCAAAUUUUCUUGCAGGCAUCUAUCACCACCGGGUUUCUCUAAUUUGCUGGAUUCAAUUCAUGGCAUUUUCCAUCGUUCAUUUUCCAUCAAAUUUUCUUAUACAGCGCCGCACCUAUGGUUACCCCAGAAGGCAAUUCAAUCUACUUCCAAGAACAAUGCCUUGUGCCAAUAAAAUCAGAGCAAAAACAACAUGUCAGUUCUCCACAAUCUCACCUCCACAACAAAACUCACAAAGUGCUUGCCCCAUUGUCAAAAUGUGCGGCAUUACUUCUGCUAAGGAUGCAGAACUUGCUGCUCAGUCAGGAGCAUCACUAAUCGGUAUGAUCCUCUGGCCAAAAUCAAAACGUUCUGUUUCAGCAUCAGUUGCGAAAGAAAUCGCAGCCGCUGCACGACGCAACGGAGCGGAACCUGUCGGAGUAUUUGUCGACGAUGAUUUGGACACCAUGCUACGAGCUUCUGAGGCCGCUAAUCUUGAGCUUUUGCAACUUCAUGGAGAUGGUUCCCGUGCUGCACUGAAGCAGCUGCUGAGAACAAAGAGGGUUAUAUAUGUUCUCCAUGCUGAUGAAGAUGGAUUGCUUCUCAAUAAUGUUAGUGUUGCAGAUUCUGACUUGAUAGAUUGGGUUUUGGUCGACAGUGCAAAAGGCGGCAGUGGCAGAGGAUUUAAUUGGCAGAAAUUUAAGGUUCCAUCAAGAAGCAGUCGAUGUAGAUGGCUGUUAGCUGGAGGUCUCCAUCCUGAUAAUGUUUGUGAAGCCAUAGUUACCUUAAGACCAGAUGGAGUUGAUGUCAGUAGUGGCAUCUGUGAUGCCAAUGGGAUUCUGAAGGAUCCUUUGAGAAUAUCUUCCUUUAUGUGCAAAGUUAAUUCAAUAGCUUUUGCAUGAUCAAUGGAGCAUCACCGAUGAUUGGCGGGCAUAUCGAGAAUGAGAUUGAGACGGCUACGUUCGGCGAGGGAUCUCAAGGGACAUAAUUUUUAUGUUUGGAUGUAAAGGGAGAAAAAAGUAGGAAAAUAAAAGAAUAUUUAUGUUUUUUUUUAUUACUUGAUUGAUGGUUCUAUUGAUAAAAUUACAUUUGUGAUAUAUAUUUGUGUUUGUGUGUGUGUUGUGCACCGUGACUAUUUA